AAUUGAGUGUGUGGUGCAUUGUUAUUUUUGUUAUUUAUGGCGAUAAUGAUAUUUCAUUCGCUGUAAUGAUUAUGGCAAAGUGAAUCCAAAUUAUAUGUCUCUGUUUUGUCCGUGUAAAUCUUAUUGGUGGUUACAUCCAUAUAGCUUCUGGUCCUCAAAAACAACAUCUCUUCCGUGUCUGUGUGUGUGUGUGUGUGUGUGUGUGUGCGUUUUGUUUAUAUCGAUUGGCGAAGUUUGUUUGAUUCGAAGCUCAAACAAAACAAAACGAUAACAUUAUAUACAACCAUAAUAAAACAAAUGUAUCGAUCAUUAACGAAUGAACAGUCGAACAUUACAUCAUCGUUCUCAUCAUCAACAUCACCAUUGGUGAUCUAUUUUAACGUUUACAAGUAUUGUUUGACCCAUUAACCCCGUGAUAUCGAUUGUAAUCAUGCCAUUAUUCGGUAAAUCGACGAAAAGUCCAUUUGAAUUGAUAAAGAGUUUGCAGGAAGCAUUGUUGGCCCUGGAAAAAGGUGACAAGAAAGCGGAAAAGGCACAGGAGGAUAUAUCGAAAAAUUUGUUGCUCAUCAAAAACAUGUUAUAUGGAACGGGCGAUACCGAACCACAGACCGACAUUGGUGUUGCUCAGUUAUCGCAGGAAUUAUACAACACGAAUCUAUUGCUACAAUUGAUCAACAAUUUAAGCCGAAUUGAAUUUGAAGCAAAAAAAGAUGUUGCGCAAAUAUUCAACAACAUACUUCGACGACAAAUCGGUACCAGAUCGCCGACUGUUGAAUAUAUGUGUACCAAAUCGGACAUAUUGUUUACAUUGAUGCGUGGCUAUGAGAAACAUGAUAUUGCAUUACAUUGUGGCUCAAUGUUACGUGAAUGUGCCCGUUAUGAAGCGUUGGCCAAGAUAAUGCUAUACUCGAAUGAUUUCUACAAUUUUUUCAACUAUGUCGAAGUGUCCACAUUCGACAUUGCAUCCGAUGCCUUUUCCACAUUCAAAGAAUUGCUGACUAGACAUAAAACAUUGUCGGCCGAAUUUCUUGACACUAAUUAUGAUCGUUUUUUUACCUGCUACGAAAAGCUAUUGAAUUCGGAAAACUAUGUCACUAAACGACAGUCAUUGAAAUUGUUGGGCGAACUACUAUUGGAUCGUCAUAAUUUCACCAUAAUGACUCGAUAUAUUAGCUCACAGGAUAAUCUAAAGCUUAUGAUGACAAUGCUGAAAAAUCGUAGCCGAAACAUACAGUUUGAAGCUUUUCAUGUAUUCAAAGUAUUCGUUGCCAAUCCAAACAAGCCGAAACCGAUUCUUGAUAUUCUUCUACGUAACAAGGAUAAACUUAUUGAUUUUCUAACCAAAUUCCAGACCGAUCGUGCCGAUGAUGAACAAUUUAAUGAGGAGAAAGCAUAUCUUAUCAAACAGAUAAGAGAUCUAAAACCGAUCGAAGAGCCUAACUGAUUAUUUGUCUUUGUGCCAGUGUGUGUGUGUGUGUGAUAACUAUCCAGUUACCGUGCAUCAAAUGUCUUUGUCAUCAUUCAUUCAUCCAAUAUUCGAAAUGAAAUGGGUAUAGGUUUUUUGGCCAACAAAUUGUUCUGUGCAUUGUUUUUGCUAAUUUUAUUUUAUUAUUAUUAUUUUUAUCAUCAUUAUCAUAUUACACAAACACACACACACACACACACACAUGACACUGAUGAUGGUCAUAUUUUUGAUUUUAAUUUGAUUUUCUUACUUUUUUUUCAUUCAUUUAUUCGUACACACUUGCAUGAACACAACAAAUUCAACCAAACACUGUUGAUUUAUAAUUAAUUAAUUAAUGUUAAUUUAUGUUCUAAUCCUGGGAUGAUCGAAAUAUAAAACCACAAUCAACAA